AUGGAACACCCUCCUCGAUCCAUUCUCAUCGUCGGUUCUGGUGUGUAUGCUCUGUCCACGGCGUGGGCGCUCACCAAGAGGCCGUCUUAUGGCAAGACUACCAUCACCAUAGUGGACGACGUGCGUGGAGGGACGUUUCCACCGGGAGAUGCCGCUAGUGUAGACUCAUCAAGAAUUAUCCGAGCCGAUUAUGCAGACCCGGACUAUGCUGAAUUGGCGGCUCUCGCACAAGAGGAGUGGCGUAAACAAGGCGAUGAUGAACUCGGUGGCCAGGGACGAUACACCGAGUCUGGACUAUUCCUGGCGGCGAAUGAGUCGACGGAGCCAAAGAUGUUGGGCAUGGGGUACACCAAGUCCAGCUGGGAAAACGCAAUGAAUAUUGCAAAGAAGAGCGAGCUGGCCCACAAAGUUCGACACAUGGAGAGUGCCGAAGCGCUGCAGGACUUCCUGGGCGUUGAAGGGCAUCCUGGUGAUUGGGGCUAUGUGAAUGAGCUUUCCGGAUGGGCGAAUGCCGGCGAGGGAAUGAGAUGGAUGUAUGGCCGGGUCAAGGCCACAGGCAGAGUCAACUUUGUGGAUGGACGAGUAGAGGAGCUCGUCACCGAGGGCAAGAGAGUUGUUGGCGCACGACUGAGCGACUCCCAGGUCCUGACGGCGGAAGUUGUCUUUGUUGCUGCAGGAGCGUGGACUGGCAGCCUGAUCGACCUGCGAGGACGCGUAGAGGCCACGGCCCAGCCCUUGGGCUACAUCGAUGUCUCACAGGAGGAAUUCGAGGUGUUGGCCAAGCAGCCUGUAGCGCUGAAUCUGAGCACCGGCUUCUUCAUCAUUCCACCGCAGACUCGCGUUUUGAAAGUUGCGAGACAUUCGUUUGGAUACCUCAAUCCGGUGCUGGUCGAGAGGGCGCUGCCCCUUUCGCCCUCGGAAGAGCGCAGGUCAAUCGUCGUGUCGAAACCACUAACACAGCGUGAUGGCGACAGCAGCAGCGGCAGCACCAACGUGCUGCCACCGGAUGCGGAUCAGGCGCUGCGCCAGGCCCUGAAAGACCUGUCGCCCAUCAAAGGCCUCGAGGACCGGCCGUGGAAGGAAACAAGACUGUGCUGGUACGCGGACACGAGCGACGGCGACUUCCUGGCGGACUGGCAUCCGGGCUGGGAAGGGCUGUUCGUGGCGACGGGCGACAGCGGACACGGAUUCAAGUUCCUGCCCGUGCUGGGCGAGAAGCUGUUGGACUGCAUGGCAGGGAACGGCGGCAAGCUUGGCGAGAAGUGGAAGUGGAAGAGGGAGGCAGCAGAGGGCGCGGGCAGAGAGAUUGACGGGAGGUUCAAGGGGCUGGUGACGAUGGACGGGAGCAGGGGCGGGAGUCCAGGGAUGAUAUUGCGAGAGGAACUGAGCAAGGCGAGAUGA